AUGAAAAAACUUAAAACUACGCGACAGAAUAAUCCAAACGGCAGUUUGAUAGAAGUAGAAAAAGAUGGGAAUUGUUUCUUCCGUUGUGUUGCUUAUGAGAUUCUGGGGGAUUCAUCUAAACAUAGAGAAGUUAGGAAUACGACAGUAGAAUACAUAGAAAAUAAUGAGUUGUACUUUUCAAAUUUGAUUGAUGGCAGUUUUAGAGAUCAUGUACGGAACAUGCUAUUAGUAAAUGGAGAAACGUGUUCAUGGGCUACUGAAGCGGAAGUUACGGCUGCAGCAAUGUGUUAUGGUAUCGACAUAUAUGUGAAUGUGAUAUGUGGUCUACAAAAUAAUUGGCUUAAGUUUCCUAUGCAGGAGGGUGAUUCAUCAAGAAGUAGUUAUUUAUGCUUAAGACAUAUGAGUGAUCAUUUUGAUGUUUUGCGCAUGCCCCACAAACCGGAAUUAGAUGUACACAACCCCAAUGACUUGAUUCAUUCCCCAAAACCGUUCACGGAUAAAUUAAAGAGGACGUCACCGGAAGCUUAUGAAAAUAUUCCAAAUUCCGGAAUUACAGAUAUUGGUAAACAGGAAGCUGUUUGUUAA